AUGCUGUGCCAGGCUGGGAGCAUCCCACAUCCCGCAGGCAGCAGGAUGAGCAGCCGCAGCGCGCCGUGCCAUGAAUUAUUGAGGCAGGGGGAAAAAGUGGAUUUUGGUGUUUUCCGGGGCCGCGUGGUCCUGAUCGAGAACGUGGCUUCACUCUGAGGCACCACGGUGCGGGAUUACACCCAGCUCAACCAGCUCCAAGCCCGCUACCCCCGGCGGCUGGUCGUACUGGGCUUCCCCUGUAACCAGUUUGGAUACCAGGAGAACGGCACCAACGAGGAGAUACUCAACACCCUGAAGCACGUGCGGCCCGGGGGUGGCUUCGAGCCCAACUUCACCCUGUUCCAGAAGUGCCAGGUGAACGGGAGUGACACCCAUCCCGUGUUCGCCUACCUCAAGGCUCACCUGCCCGCACCGGCCGACGAGCCUGCACACCUGAUGGCCGAGCCCCGCUUUGUCGUCUGGAGCCCUGUGCGGCGCUCCGAUAUCACCUGGAAUUUUGAGAAGUUCCUGGUGGGGCCUGAGGGGGAACCGUUCCGGCGCUACAGCCCCCGUGUGCCCACAGCCCAGCUGGAGCCCGACAUCCAGCGUCUCCUCAAGCUGGCCAAGUAAUCCUAGCUCCAGUGUGAUCCUGGCUCUGGUGCAAUCCUGGCUCUGAUGUCACCCCAGGAUGGCCCCAGCUCUCCGCAGAGUGACAGCCCCCUCUGAAACCUCCACAAGGAGGGGGCUUGAUGGGGGCAGAGGGUUGGAGCCACCGGGGUGGCGUGGGCUGGUAGCAAUAAAUGAGCCGCAGGGAGCGU